CACUGAAAUAUGACAGUCUUGCUGCCUGGCUUUGCUCAGACCCUGGGGCCUGGAUGGGAAGUCAGACCGGACAUCAGUGCCCCAAUUGAAUAAUCUGUGUCACUAGGGCUUUGAGCCCAGGAUGUGAGCGGAGGCAAUUCCCUGUUUUGGAAGAAAAUCAGACAGGAAACCAUUGCUAGGAAGAAGGAAGAGAACUGAGUCCAGCGGAGUGUAAUGGGGCCUCAUCACCGAAGCCAAAAGCAGCUGUUGGCUAAUUCCUAGCAUGCUGUAACACAUGAGGAUUUUGCAAUUAGCAUUAACUAGUGCAUGGGGUUCUCGAAUAUAAGCCUGCCCCUUUGGCCCGACAGCUUGAGCGAGGCGCCUUACAAACCGGAGGGAUUGGCAAGAAAUUCCGGGUAGAUAUGCCUGGCUCAGGCAGCGCCUUCAUCCCCACCAUCAACGCCAUCACGACCAGCCAGGACCUGCAGUGGAUGGUGCAGCCCACGGUGAUCACCUCCAUGUCCAACCCGUACCCCCGCUCACACCCCUACAGCCCGCUGCCGGGCCUGGCCUCUGUCCCUGGGCACAUGGCCCUCCCGAGACCGGGCGUGAUCAAGACCAUUGGCACCACCGUGGGUCGCAGAAGGAGAGACGAGCAGCUGUCCCCUGAAGAGGAGGAGAAGCGUCGAAUCCGGAGGGAGAGGAACAAGCUGGCAGCAGCCAAGUGCCGGAACCGACGCCGGGAGCUGACGGAGAAGCUGCAGGCGGAGACGGAGGAACUGGAGGAGGAGAAGUCUGGCCUGCAGAAAGAGAUCGCCGAGCUGCAGAAGGAGAAGGAAAAGCUGGAGUUCAUGUUGGUGGCCCACGGGCCUGUGUGUAAGAUCAGCCCUGAGGAGCGCCGGUCGCCCCCCGCUUCGGGGCUGCAGCCCCUGCGCAGUGGGGUUGGUGGCGUGGGUGCCGUGGUGGUGAAACAGGAGCCCCUGGAAGAGGACAGCCCUUCGUCCUCGACAGCGGGGCUGGACAAGGCCCAGCGCUCUGUCAUCAAGCCCAUCAGCAUUGCGGGGGGCUUCUACGGGGAGGAGCCCCUGCACACCCCCAUCGUGGUCACCUCCACGCCUGCCAUCACUCCGGGCACCUCGAACCUCGUCUUCACCUACCCCAGCGUCCUGGAACAGGAAUCGCCCGCGUCUCCCUCCGAGUCCUGCUCCAAGGCUCACCGCAGAAGCAGUAGCAGUGGGGACCAGUCAUCAGACUCCUUGAACUCCCCCACUCUGCUGGCUCUGUAACCCAGCUCCCGGGGGGUCCUCGUCACUGCCUCCUUCCCAGGGACCAGUACCUUUAAGUGCUCCAGGGCUGUGAGGGCAAGAGGGGGACCCUGCCAGAGAGCUCCCUGGCUCUGGGGGGACCUAGGUGGGAUUUGGCAAUGAGGCACUAGAGAACUUGGAUGGUCUCUUGGAAGUCAUGGGACCUCCUCCCUUGUUUAUCUUGCGAAGCAAAUCCUGUUUCUUGAAAAGCCUUGGAGAACUUGGUUCCGUGGACUCGGGCAUCUCUGGCUUCUGAAGAGCCUGAAGCUGGUGUGGACCAUUCCUGUCCCUUUGUUAUGAAAUGUCUCUGGCGUGAUGGUGUCCUCCUCCACCCCACCAAGCAUGCUCAGUGCCUGUUGGUUUCACCUUCCCUCUAUUUGCCUCUUCCUGCCCCCAGUGUCAAUUUCACUUCCUCUUGGUUUUUAUCAAAUUUGCCAUGACAUUUCAUCUGGGUGGUCUGAAUAUUAAAGCUCUUCAUUUCUGGAGAUCGGGCAGCAGGUGGCUCUUCUGCCGGGGCUGACUUGUCCAGACGGAGACAGUCAAUGUGCAAUACAGAACUUCCCCUCCCGACACGCCCCGGUGCACUGCCAUCUCCAGAACCACCAGCAGAGCUCCCUGAGCUCUCCAGGAGAUGCCACCGUCACUGGGAGGCUCAGAGGACCCUUCCUCCCCAUCCUUGGAGACGGCUCUUGGAGGAGCAGCUUGGCCAGAAGAAAGGGUAUGAGUGAGACAGCCGGGGCACAGGUUGGGUUUGCCAAACGCCUAAUUACCAGACCAGGAAUAGUGCCAACAAGCCACAUGGUGUCCCAGCUGGCUUCCCUUCACCUGGUGUCUGGAACAGGACGUCUCCUCUAAUUACUGCCUCGCCAUUCUGCCCCUGGACCCUUCUCUCCAGACCAGGGAGGCGCCCCUCCCUAGGAACCACACAUCACUCCACAGUCCCUGCUGCCUCCAGCCUCCCCCACCCUGGCUCUCAGGGUGACGCCACCCACAGAGAUUUAAUGAGCGUGGGCCUGGACCCUCCCCAGAUUGCUGCCAGGUGGCCCCUCCCCAAGCCUCAAAGCCACCUUUGCUGUGGAUGGAAAGGCAGGGGAGGGAAGAGGGAGGCGAUUGGAGUGGGAUUCGCCUCACACCAGCCCUGGCACCCGCCUUGCCCUGUCCUGGCUGCUCACCUCUUUGAAGUGCCCCUUGUCACGGGAUGGAUCAAGUGCUUUCUCUUUAUACUGUUCCAGCCCCUCACGUCCCUGUGCUCCUCAGGUCCAACAGCUGGCCCAGAGUUGUUGCUGUGGUUUGUGACUUACUCUCCAUUCCUGGGGGCUGCUGAAAUGGGAGAUAAGAUGUGUGGCUGACCCCUGCCCGUAGGUGGGGGUGGGUAAGGGGGUCCUCCUGGUCCCACAAGAGCAUAGCUCAGCGGGGUCCCUGCCUCCCACCCCUCUGAGCCUUUUUCUCCCCAGGACAUAGCUCCCUGAUCUUCCAGAAUUAGCUUCUGCUGGGCUCGUGCUCUGAGGGAGACUCUGCUGUUGUGAUUCAGCUGUAGAGAUUAUUGUAUGAUAAUUUAAAACUAUAUAGCUGUUAUUUAAAUUAAACCCAGCGGGGGUUAACUUUCAGUCAGACGUGGGAGAGAGCAGUCGCACUUAAAGCUCGCGUGUUCCUUUCACACACCUGGUCUUCUGUGCUGGUCAUUAUUUAAUGCCCGUUACCUGCUUACCAUGCACUGUUCACACAGAACGAAAUGGCUUAUGCUUAAAAUACAUAGCCCACUACGACUGGAAGUGACGUGUGGAAGGAUGGGCCACGUAGAGAGAGGAGAUUAAAAGAAAAAAGAUUUUGUCCAAAAAUACUUUUAAAAUGUUAUUUCCUACGUUUCUUGGCUGUGAUGCUGCCCUCACGGUUUUCUGUGGUUCUGGCAGAGGCAUGUCUAAUAAGAGUGGGCAGCUGGAUUUCUGGCUUCAGAUUAAUCAGAGAAGCAGAAGUCAGCCAGCAGGAGAUGGGCAAAGAAAACAGGUGCACUCAGCUCUGGAACGCUUAAUCAUCUCAAGUGGUAUCCUGUUGCCCUGAAAAUAAGACCUAGCCGGACCAUCAGCUCCAAUGCGUCUUUUGGAGCAAAAAUUAAUGU